GAGCUCCUCUCUCACACUCCGGACCACAUCAUAACUUUUUGAAAGGUGGGAAAACGGCAUUGACUUCUCCUUCGUUUACUGCAAAAGAGGCGACAAGGACGCGCACCGGAGGCCCGAUGGAGAAAUCCAAAAACUUUCGCAUUGACGCGCUUUUAGCAGUCGAUACACCCAAGGUGCAGACGUCUCCGCUUGCGCUUGUGACUUCCCUGUCCUCCUCCUCCAUCCCGUCGUCAGCCCCGGAGCUGACCACCAGCGUCGAGUCUUUACGCGCCGAGACGCCGUCCCCGCCGAGGAUUUCCACCUGCGGGUUGAUUCCUAAACCGGGUUUCCUCAACAGUCCGCACAGCAUGGUUGGAUUACAUCCGCAGAGUACCGCAGGGAUCCCCGCACAGGCUCUCUACGGCCAUCCCAUGUACACCUACUCCGCAGCUGCCCUCACAGGCCAACACCCUGCCCUGUCCUACUCCUACCCACACAGCUCCCAUCAUCACCACGCCAGUGAUCCCAUCAAACUGACAGCCAGCACAUUCCAGCUGGACCACUGGCUCAGGGUCUCCACAGCUGGGAUGAUGCUGCCCAAAAUGUCUGACUUCAAUUCUCAGGCGCAGUCCAACUUGCUUGGCAAGUGCAGAAGACCAAGAACUGCAUUCACAAGUCAGCAGCUGCUGGAGUUGGAGCAUCAGUUCAAAUUGAAUAAGUACCUGUCACGACCUAAGCGCUUUGAAGUGGCUACGUCCCUCAUGCUGACAGAAACUCAGGUUAAAAUCUGGUUCCAGAACAGACGCAUGAAGUGGAAGAGAAGUAAGAAGGCCAAAGAGCAGGCCGCCCAGGAGGCCGAAAAGCAGAAAGGCGGCAAGAGCGGCCAGGAGAAAUCUGACGGACACGAACAGUCGGACUAUAACAGCAAAACAGACUCAAAAAAUGGCAGAAUAAGAGAUUUUAGAGACAGUGACGACGAUGAGGGCGACACUUUCCUGUACAACUCUUCAGACUGCUCCUCGGACGAGGAGAGGAAUCACACCAGUGACCACAGCCCACAGCCUUGAAGCUGAAGAAGGGCGAAGGUGGCGAUCUCCAUUUAUAAUGACUGUGGGGGAUUUCGCCACGAAAAAGCAGUUGCAUGUAAUCCAAUCCAUUUUGUUGUCAUGAAAAGAAUCAAAUUUAGGUCAAGAAUAGAUAAUAUUUGUGUCAUAAUCAAGCAAUAAAAGCGGGAGGUUUAAGUUUUAUACACAUAGGAGCAUCAUUCAGCACUCGGCUAGGUAAACUGUGACUUAUUGCAUGGUUAAUAUGCAAACGCUGUAAACUGGCUCAGGACUUUGCAAUAUGUCCCUGCUGAUGGUAUACUCUUUCAAUGAUAUCCAAUAACACCACACUACAGUUAAUAGUCCGCUGUCAUUGGUCAUUUUUUUCUUUGUGGUGUCGGCAGUGUGCCAUAUCAC